AUGACCGACUCCGGGUUGUUGGAUCGUUUUCAACUGCCGCUGGUGUCACUGCAAUUGGAAGUUUUUUGCGGGGAGGAUACGUCGUGUGCCAUUUUGCAUGUGCUGUACUACUCGAAGAAGCUGGGGCAGUUCUUUUCGUCGGCGUUCCGCAACACGCCGUUCGGCGACAACGCCGACGUCAUAAAGGCCGCCUACAAAUCGUUCUCCGAGUUCCUUUUCAGCAAGGAGGCGCAUGGCGCGAUCACCGCCCGUUUUGAGGUUUGUGCGUUUUGGGUUCGCAUCGAUGUUCGCGCAGUGCGUAAACGUGUACGUGGAGAACAACCCCGAGUUCAGCCUCUACUUCGCGACUGCUGCGUGGACCACCAUCACGACGGAGCUGGUGUCCAGCAUUGUAUCAUACGUCAACAAGCAGUUCCGCUUUCUGUUCAUCACGCGCAUACCCUCUAUAGUGUCACGAUAGUUGAGCUGAAUUAUUUAGUGGAUAAUCUGGUUCGAUCUGAUGAUCUGCUGAAGGUAACCACCCGGGUUGUUCAUCAGUUGCUCCGUUUCCCCCUUCUCGAUUAUCUUUCCGUCGCAGAAGACAGCGAUCUCGUCUGCCUCGACGAUCGACGACAGCCGGUGGGCGAUGACUAUGGUGGUCCUGUCGGCGCUGAGGUUCCUGAACGCCGACAGUAUUUUGUGCUCCGUCAUCGCAUCUAG